GCGGGGCGUGCCGCACCAUUAGAGUGCUCCGUCGGCCGCGCUCCGGUCAGCCGCCUCCUGCGAGCCACCGUAGGCCGUGCCUGCCGCCAGUGCUUCCUUCACUCUCCGAUGGCUUUCCUCAUGCGCGAGGCGGCGUGCUGGGCGGUGCUGGCGCUAAUGUCAGCGCGCCUGCUGGUCAGUCCAGAGCAGCUCAGCACUCAGGAGCUGCUGGUCGCAGCCAGCUACGGCGCUGGCCUGCUGGUCGUCGGGUGGCUGCUGUGGUACGCCGUCACCCUGUACUGCGUGCCCUACAACCGAGUCAAGGCGGCGGAGGACUUUGGUCCGAUCCGAGACGACUCUACUAAGAACCUGGGCAGCCGGCGGUGCGCGGCGGUGAACGAGGUGCGCCGCCGACAGAAGGAGGCCGCCAUGCCGCCGCCGUACCCGAACGCCUGGUUCGCGGCGCUGGAGAGCAGGGAGCUGCGGCCCGGCCAGGUGCGCCCGCUCGACAUCCUCGGUCAGCAUCUGGUCCUGUUCCGGACCCGGGCCGGAGAGGCGCGCGUGCUGGACGGAAUCUGCCCCCACCUGGGCGCCGACCUGGCGCAGGGCGCCGUCCGCGGCGAGGACAUCGAGUGUCCGUUCCACAAGUGGCUCUUCAACGGCCAGACUGGCCAGGUCGAGUGCGUGCCGUACACCAAACAGAGCAAAAGUAGUCUGAAGCACUUCUCGGUGACCUCGUGGCCCGUGUUCGAGGCGAACGGUGUAAUUCACGUGUGGCACCACGCCGAGGGCGAGCCGCCCAGCUGGUACCCGCCCACCUACGAGCAGAUCGCCUCGGGGCACUACCGGUACCGCGGCCGCACCGAGCACCUCGUGGCCGCGCACAUUCAGGACCUGCCGGAGAAUGGUGCCGACCCGGCCCAUCUGGCCGCCAUCCACGAGAAAAUAUUCGCCGACGGUAAUGACCUGGAGGAGCGCUCCCGGUGGGGCUGGAUCCGGCACAACUGGACGGCCAGCUGGCAGCCGGACGCCGAGCACCGGCACCAGGCCUUCGUGCACAUGCAGAUGACGUUCGUGCUGCUGGGAAAGCUGCACUUCUACCACAACGACAUCACCGUGCGGCAGGUUGGACCGGGCCUGGUGUACAUCAACUUCAAGUCGCCGCUGGGCAGCGGGGUGAUCCAGCAGCUGGUGACUCCGGUGGGUGACCUGCGCCAAAAGGUCAUCCACACCAUCCACUGGGAUCGCUCCUACGGCCUCGGACCGCUCAUCGCCAAAUUCUACCUGAUGGUCGAGGCAAACCAGUUUGAGCGCGACGUGCGCAUCUGGAACAACAAGGACCACCUGCCGCAGCCGGGCCUGGUGCGUGAGGACGCCACCAUCCUCAAGUACCGGCGCUGGUUCUCCCAGUUCUACUCGGAGAGCUCACGCCGCCCGCUGCGGCCGGUCGACGCUCUGGAGCUGUAGGGCGGCUCACCCAGCCCCCAGGCCGUUCGACAGACGCUGCGGCACUGCCUGCGCGCCUCUGAACUGUGCGACUGCUGCCGGGGCCAGGCGCUGGAGGGUGGCAUUUAGUUGUGUGUUGAACAGGCGCUGUCGCGACUCGCCUGUGUCCCGCUGACGGAGCGGGGUGGUCAGGCGCGGGGUUUAGCAGGGUGUGUGUCUGCUGUACGGAACAUAGCCGUCGCCGGCGGCCCGGUAGAGGCUGGUCAUGACAUCACUGUCCAACUAAAACCGUUGCACUGAAAGUGAGCGUGGAUUGUGGUUAGAUGCUUAAGUUGUUCAGCUUAGGGUUUUCCAGGAAUAACCACAUGCACGAUCCCGUGGCAUUGAGCUCCCCGUAUAGCGGCGCUCACUUUACCUGUGCAGGUGCAAAGGCUGUUUCUCAGUUUCCGUGCUGAUCUUCGUAGAUCGAUGUGGUCAGUGAUUGAGGUAGUCGUGUGGUCGCGCUAUUAGUCAGGUGGUUAUAAAACAGCACCAAUGGCAAAAUGCUUACCUUCUAAGAAUCACUUCCCGCUUUAUAUAGAAAAGAAUGCAUGUAUGGCUACAAGUUAGCUCAUGCUAAUUAUCACAAUGGGUAGGGAGGCGUGGUGAGAUGGCGCUAUAACAAUUACCUUCCAAUAAGGCCAGACUUCCGAUGUGUGUGUGUGUGUGUGUUUUUUUUACCUGAUGCUAUCGUACAAUUAAAGAUGCGCAGUUCUUACAUUGAUUUUAGCAUGAACUAACUUAGCAGUAGAUAUCCAUAGCUCAACUUUUGCAAUAGAAUGCUUUUGUAGGAGGCAAUUCUUCUUGUGAGGUACCCUGUGUAAUUAUGUUACAUGACAUUGAACGUGGACCAAAUGUUAACAGGGUGUACCUACUAUAUUUUCCGAACUUUUAUAUGACCACCCGACACCCGAUCGUGGACUUUUCUCGAGCCCUGAUGAAUCAACACAUCCAUUGUCCUGCAACACUUCGUACGUUGCCAGACGUUAUUUUAGCAAUAGAGAUCUUAUAUGUGUUACUUUACAUGUAUGUGUAUAUAAAAUCUCUAUGAUUUAAGCGCUAUGUGUUACAUCAUCUUCAUUGUGUGAACCGUCGGUUUGAAUGUGUCAAGGCUUAUAAUACAUAACAAAGCCUU